AUGGACGCCGACGAGUUUCGAAAAGCAGCUCACGCUGCCAUAGAAGAGAUCAUCGAAUACAAUCAGAACAUCACCAACCACCCCGUCCUCCCAUCCAUCAAACCAGGCUUCCUAGCACCUCAACUUCCCAAAUCAGCUCCCGAGCAACCUCAACCAUGGUCCGAUAUCCAACCAGACAUCGCUUCCAAGAUCAUGCCUGGCCUCACACACUGGCAAUCACCCAAUUUCAUGGCCUUCUUCCCUGCCAGUGUCACCUACCCAUCAAUGCUAGGCGAGAUGUACAGCGCUGCCUUCACCGCCCCAGCCUUCAACUGGCUCUGCAGCCCAUCUUGCACGGAACUCGAAACCGUGGUAAUGGACUGGCUCGCGCAAGCAUUUGACCUCCCGCCAUCCUUCCUCAGCACGUCACCCACCGGUGGUGGCGGCACGAUCCAAGGCUCCGCAUCAGAAGCCGUAGUAACAUGCAUGGUUGCCGCACGCGAACGCUACCUCCACGCCAAAGUCGACGCCGAAGGCCUUGCCCCCAACAGUCCCGAACGCGAAGACCGAAUCGCGCAUCUACGCUCAAAAUUAAUCGCCCUGUCCUCAGACCAAACGCACUCAUCAACGCAGAAAGGCGCAUUGAUAGCCGGCACACGCUUCCGCGCCAUCCCAACGUCCAUGUCCAACGGCCUCUCCUUGACCGGCGCGGACCUUGAGGCCGCAUUAGCCCAAUGCGCCAACGAGGGUCUGGAACCAUACUACAUCACCCUAACCCUCGGGACGACAUCGACGUGCGCAAUCGACGACUUCGCCAGCCUCGCCCCAGUAUUAGCAAAGCACAAGAACCUCUGGGUGCACGUCGACGCAGCGUACGCCGGCGCCGCACUGGUCUGCCCUGAAUACUCCUCCCAACACUCUCACCACAUGAGCAUUGCAGACAGUUUCAACAUGAACAUGCACAAAUGGCUACUCGUCAACUUCGAUGCAUCCUGCCUAUUCGUCCAGGACCGCAACCAUCUCACCCGCGCGCUCUCCAUCUCAGCGGCAUACUACGUCAACAAGCACUCCGACGCCGGGCUCGUGACGGACUACCGAGACUGGCAGAUCCCGCUGGGCCGACGAUUUCGCGCCCUCAAGAUUUGGUUCGUCCUGCGAACGUACGGGCUGGAAGGUCUGCGCGCGCACAUCCGCAAGACGGUCGGCAUAGGCGAGACAUUUGCUGGUCUUGUGCGCGAGCGGGCUGAUCUCUUCGAACUGGUGACGACGCCGGCGUUCGGUCUGACUUGUUUCCGCGUGAGGGCUGAUAUCGUGCCAGCCACAAACACUGUUGCGGAGACGGAUGCAAGUUUCGUACCGCAGGUCUCGGCGGAGCAGCAGCUCGAACAAGCUGCAAACUCUUUGACGAAGCAGAUUGGCGAAAUGAUCAAUGAGCGCGGCGAGGUCUUUCUCACUUGCAGCAGUACGGCUGGAAAGUCGUUCAUUCGUGUUGUCAGUGGUAACGCCUAUGCUGAAGAGAAGUAUGUAAGGAAUGCGUUUGAUAUCAUUGUCCGGACGACUGAGGAGAUGCUGGGUAUAGGGAACAAAAAGGCGGUGGAGAACGGGCAUGCAGCAUAA